AUUGAAGACACAUUAAUUAUUAAAAUAAUAGAAACUGAUUAACUUUGGCUUUACAAAGUGGACUCUGGAACAAACCGUCACAGAGGAGCUCCUCAUCAGCCGUUAGCUCAGACUUCCUGUUUCUCUGGGACACCUGAACUCCCAGAGUGCACCUGUGCUGUAACUGCAGAACAAAGAGUAGACAUCAAUGAGUUAUUAAAUUAAGAGCCGCUGAUAUAGAAUCAUCAAGACUCAUCAUGUUUAUGGUGAUGACUUAACAUGAAUUAUUCAUCUAAUCAUGUUUAUCAUUGGACAUUAAAAUCAUAGUUAUCAGUAGUGAAGCCUGAAGAUAUGAAAGGUGUGAACAGAGAUACAAUAUGUCUGAUUAUGUGGAACGUUGUCAGGUUAUACCUAAGCCCCUCCCCCACCUGUCAGUAGCCCGUCAUUAAUUAGAGGCUUAAGUCCUGAGACCUGGAUCCUCUGUAAUCCGUCCCACACGAAGCGCAGAGACGUCGGUUUGGAACCUGCGGAACUCACCUGUGGACCGGCUCAGGAUGAAUGGACAUGAAGGCUCCGGCGUCUUCGGCUCCUACGGCUCUCAGACCAAUGGCCGUGGCUCUCGCUCUCCUGAGCCUCCUCAGAAUAAAGCUCAGUCAGUUGCCAAAGCUCUGUACGGUUCAGAUGAAAUCUAUUUCCUUCGUUCGUCUGCCAAACAUAAAAAGAAAAGUCAAAAACAAAGGAAAAGCUUCACCAGAACGAGCAUCAACAGCCUGACGGACACGUCCCAGUACCACGUGGAGCACCUGACCACCUUCGUGCUGGACCGCAAGGAUGGACUGGUAACUGUGGAUGACGGCGUGCGGCGCCUCCGUCUGCUGGACGCCAAGGGGAAGGUCUGGACUCAGGAGAUGCUGCUGCAGGUGGAGGAGAAGUCGGUCAGCCUCAUCGACCAGGAGACCAAGAAGGAGCUGGAGAACUUCCCCGUCGGGUCCAUCCUGCUCUGCCAGGCUGUGAUGAACGCCUGCAGCUUCGACUCCAUCUUGGCUCUGGUGUGUCGGGAGUCGGGUCAGAGCAAGCCGGACCUGCACCUGUUCCAGUGUGACGACAUUAAGGCAAAUCUGAUCCACGUGGAUGUCGAAAGCGCCAUGACGGACGCCAAAGCCGGCAAAGUCAAGAGGAGGCCGGAGGCGUUAAAGAUGAUCCUAAAGAGUGACGGGGUCAUCCCCCCACCCCCUGCCUCUCCCGCCCCCGCACCUCCAACCCCGUUGUCCAAUCAAGUGGACGCAAGGAGCCGAGCGGCCGCGUGGUCGGCGUGGACCAAUGAGCAGCACGACUAUGAGAAGCAGCGACGCACCUCAUUGGACGAGGGGCCGGCGGAGAUCUCUGCGCUCCGAGUGGACCGAGACGUUCAAAUCCUCAACCACAUCCUGGACGACAUCGAGCGCUUCGUCAACAAGCUGCAGAAGGCGGCCGAGGCCUUCGGCCAGCUCUCCAAGAGGAAGAAGGUGAAGAAGGGCAAGAAGAACGGUCCGGGAGAGGGCGUCCUCACGCUGCGCUCCAGACCUCCGGCGGAGGACGAGUUCGUUGACUGUUUGCAGAAGUUCAAACACGCCUUCAACCAGCUGGGGAAGCUGGCGGAUCUGAUCCAGAACCCGAGUGCUGAGGAGCUGCUUCACUUCCUCUUCUCUCCUCUCCGGAUGGUGAUCCAGGCGUCCGGCAGUGUGGAUCUGGCUCGCAGCGUCGUGGUUCCUCUUCUGACCCGAGACGCCAUCGACUUCCUCCACACCACGGGGACGCCGGAGGAGAGACACCUGUGGGUCGCCCUGGGAGACGGCUGGACCAAAUGCAGGUUGGAGUGGCCGAAGCACCACUACUUCCCCCCCUGUGCACUGACUUUCCACGACGGCUGGGAGCCGCUGCCUAGAGAUCAGGAUGUUACCCAGCAUGCCGAGGGGCUCACUGACGCCAGGAUCCAGAGACAAGAAGACCCGAGGAUCGGCCUGGAGUCGGCGGUUCAGAACUUCCCCCUCGCAGACGGAUCCUCCUCCUGUGGAUCCUCCAGAGGAAUGCAGAUCCCGGAUCAGGACGCGGCCGCGGCGGCCUUCGAACAGGCCGUCAGCCGUCGCACAGACGGGAGUUUUGAAGCCGACAGCAGAAUUCAACCAAAACUUUUUGCCAAAUGUAAAUACGACUUUGUGGCGAGGAACAGCUCGGAGCUGUCGGUGCUCCGGGACGAGGUCCUGGAGGUGCUGGACGACAGGAAGCAGUGGUGGAAGGUGGGGAACGGCGCCGGGGCGUCCGGCUACGUGCCCAACAACAUCCUGGAGAUCAGCGGCGGCGUGGAGGGGCGAGGGGAGCCCGUCUACAGCCACACCAUACAGCUGAUGAUGCCAAAGAAGGAGUUUGAGUUGUUUAAGCAAUUACUGGGAGAGUUGAACGAGAAGCAGACCACCAGGACCGACCCCGUCCCCGAUAAACCGCUGGUGACUCCCAUGCCUCCGCCUCCGACGCCGCCUCCUCCGGCACCCGCUAGGCUCCCCACGCCGCCGCUGCCUCCGCCCGCCACCGUCAGCCGCCAGAACAGCACCACCUCCAGCGAGAGCGGUGGUGUCGCCAUGCGGGACCACAGAGGCCAGAAAGACCAGAAAGACCAGAAAGACCAGAGGGACCAGAGGCCUCCACCCGUCACGCGGAGGAAGUCCAACAUGGAGGAGGUCCAGGACGAGCUGAUGCACAGACUCACGCUGGGUCGCAGCGCCCAGAAGAAGUUUCCGGUUUCUACUCGUGGAGGUUUGCCCUCAAACAGCAUCACCUACGACUCGUCACCUGAGGACGUGAAGGCCUGGCUGGAGGCCAAAGGCUUCAGUCCAGUCACCAUCACCAGCCUCGGCGUGCUGACGGGGGCUCAGCUCUUCUCCCUCAACAAGGAGGAGCUGAGAACCGUUUGUCCCGACGACGGCGCUCGAGUCUUCAGCCAGGUGACGGUCCAGAAGGCGGCGCUGGAGAGGGGCUCAAGCUCUGAGCUCCAGGAGAUCAUGAGGAGGCGACAGGAGAAGCUGGCGUCCAUCACCUGUGACUCGGGCGUGGAGUCUUUGGACGAAUGCAGCGCCCGCUGACCUCCACACGGCUUCCUUCCUUCCUUCCCUCUCCUUCUCACUCCCUCACCUCCUUCCCCCUCCCUCUAUACUUUUCUUUUACUUCUUUCAAACUGCAUCCUGCUGUUUUCUCGCCCUCUCCGUCUCCAGGCGGCGGCGGAGCACGCCGACUUCGUGGAGAUUAUGCGGCGCCGGCAGAAACUUCUCGUCUCAUCUCCGUAGCAACGAUGUUCAAAAAGAAUAAGAGCGUUGGAUCAAAAAUACACUGAGAGAAUAUUCUGCAUGUUUGCCUGAAGCUCUCCUGGACGUUUGGUGUUUAGGAGGUGAGGAGAAGCCGCUCAGUAGUUUUUCUGUAUUUAAGAACUGGACGUUGUCAUGACGACGUGUCUUGGGAGUUCAGCAAUUGUUGCCCGUCGCCACCAGUGGACAGGAAGUACACAUUUUGCCUCUGGUCGAGACCUGUCAAUCAGUAUAUAGCCCUAAAGCAUUCAAGACAUACAAUAAAUCCACAGAGAAAUGGGAUGGGAUGAGAGGAGUCGCCCCCUGCUGGUCACUACAGAGAAUGCAACUUUAACACGUGAAGAUUUAAGAAAUAAAAAUCUGAUUAAUCUUUUACUAUCUAGAGAUAAAAAAACUGACAAGUAGAUAACAAGCUUCUUCCAUAAAAAAUCAUCCAAGUGAAACGUAAUAAAAUAAUUCAUCACAAUAGCUUGUUUGAGAACUGAGAACGUUCUGUGACUUCAAUGUAAAGAAGAUAGACAAGAAGAAAGAACUCAGGCUCGUUUGCCCAGAAGAAUAAAAUGUUCAUCUAUC